AUGCCGACGACGCGCGCGACCUGGUCGACGUUCUCGUGGGACGAAAUGACGUUCCUCUUGGACACGCGGGCCCUGCCCCCCAUGACGCCUCUUGUCGUGCACGUCAACUCGACUGUCGGGAGCGUCGACACCCCCUCUGUCGACCUGACUGCCGCCGAACCCGCCCAGGACGACUUUUCGGUGCCUCGAGCCAUUCUGCGACGACCCGAUCAAGUGGCCACGGGGCUACUGCCGCGCCGACGGCGGCAAACCCAAGUGCAGCAUGCAUGGAUGCACCCGCGAUCGACAAGGGAGUGUGCAAAAGCCACGGCGGCGGCGUGCGGUGUCGAUAUCCCGGCUGCUGCAAUGGUUCCCAAGGAGGCGGGCUAUGUCGAGCCCAUGGCGGUCGCAAGCGGUGCUCUGUUCCUGGAUGCGACAAAUGUGCAUGCCCCGUUGCCAAAGUUUGUCGGUCCGCGCGGCACGUUGGGGUGCCAUUUGCCUCCCAAAGGAUGCACCAUGAUGUUGGGAGGCGGCGAACUCCCCACGGAGCUCGUCCCCCGGACCAUGUGCAUCCGUCACUCCCGCUAG